AUGGCUAAUUUGAAUGCAGGACUGGAGGACCUGGAUCUCGAUCUUGAUCUACCGGACGAGACGGUUCUCAUCAAGCUGCAUGGAACAUUCAUGGUGAUCGCGUGGUUUUUGUUUUCAUCGCUAGGAAAUGCCGUAGCCAGGUACUUCAAAAAAACAUGGGUAACCGAACGCUACUUCGGAGGAGACGCAUGGUUUCUGUACCACCGAGUGUAUAUGUUCUUCACCUGGCUAUUGACAUGUUCUGGUUUCAUCAUCAUCUUCAUCGACAUGGACGGCUGGCAGGAUAAUGCUCAUGCCGUGUUGGGAACGAUAACAUUUUCCUUGUGCUUUCUGCAGCCAAUUUUCGGUGCCAUGAACCCACCGGGACAUCCGAGAAAAGUGGCUCGUAUUCUGCACUCCGUCUCCGGUCAUGUGGUGUACUAUCUGGCGGUUAUUAACAUGUUUUUGGCAGUCGGAAUCAAAGCGGCCAACUUAACGGAAGAUUUUUACGGCUUGUUUGCCGGAGCCUUGGCAAUACAUUUCCUGGCGCAUGGGGCCUAUAAUGUUCUGGCCUAUAUGACGCAGCGAAAGAGAGCUGCUCAGCCAUCGGAUCUGGUCGAUCUUUCGAGGGAUGAAACGUAUUCCCGCUGGCGCAAAGUAACUCUUAUGGCGCACAUGAUCGGACUGCUUGCUAUUACCGUUGUAAUGGUGGUGCUAAUUUGGAGAGUUUGA